GUCCGUGUAAAUACACUAUAUUGCCAUAAGUAUUGGCCCCGCCCUCCCAAUCAUGUGAUUCAGGUGUUCCAAUCCCCUCCAUGGACACAGGUGUAUACAGUCAAGCCCCUAGGCAUGCAGACGGCUUCUACAAACAUUGAUGAAAGAAUGGGUCGCUCUCAGGAGCUCAGUGACUCCAAGCGUGGUCCCGUGAUAGGUGGCCACCUGGGCAAUAAGUCCAUCCGUGACAUUUCCUGGCUACUAAAUAUUCCACGCUCAACUGUUAGUGGGAUUAUAACAAAGUGGAAGCAACUGGGAACAACAGCCACUCAGCCACCAAGUGGUAGGCCACGCCACAUGACAGGGCGGGGUCAGCGCAUGCUGAAGCGCACAGUGCGCAGAAGUCGCCAACUGUCUGCAGAGUCAAUAGCUAAAGACCUCCAAACUUGGUGUGGCCUUCAGAUGAGCCCAACAACAGUGCGUAGAGAGCUUCAUGGAAUGGGUUUCCAUGGCCGAGCAGCUGCAUCCAAGCCUUCCAUCACCAAGUGCAAUGCAAAGCGUCGGAUGCCGUGGUGUAAAGCAUGCUGCCACUGGACUCUA